UCCCCCCACGUGGGUGUUUCUCCCGCAAGGUGCGGGACCGCGGUAGCCGCCCGGGAUGGCGCUGAGCAAGGCCGGGGCGCUGAUGGUGACUCCCGGGGAGCUGGUCCUGGGCGGGGCUAGGACUGCCGCAGUGCGGCGAGUCCUGGUGCGCUGGGUGCAGGGCCUGGCGGGCGGCGGCGGGCCGCCCCCGGAGAACGUGGUGCGGAUCUCCCGGGCCAUGCAGCUGCGGCUGGCUCGGGAGCCGCCCAGGCGGGGCCAGAAGGUGCCGGUGGUCCCGACCCGGGCGGGGAAGCUGGUGUUGCGGAGCCGGCGGCCGCAGCUGAGCCAGCCUCGCUGCCUGACGCUGGGGCGCUGGGAGCGGCCGCUCCUGGUCUCGGGGGGCUGGAAGCACCGGCGCUCCUGCGGGGACUACUUCCAGCUGGAGCGCUCCCAAGAGCAGGCGCCGGCCCUGCGGCCUCCCAGAGCCACGGGAAGGGACGGCUCCUUCCAGGCGCUGGGGCUGGGGCCGGCGCUGGUGUCCGCCCUGCAGACCCUCUCCAUCACCCAGCCCACGGCCGUGCAGCGCCGCGCCAUUCCAGCCCUGCUGCGCGGGGGCAACGCGCUCUGCGCCGCCGAGACAGGCAGCGGCAAGACCCUGGCCUAUCUCCUCCCGCUGUUCCAGAAACUCCUGUCUCGGCCCUCGCUGGGCCCGACCUGGCCGCCCUCCCCUCGCAGCCUGGUGCUGCUGCCCUCCCGGGAGCUGGCGGAGCAGGUGCGCACCGUGGCCUCCUCCCUGGGCCGUUCCGUGGGACUGCGGGUGCGGGAGAUUGGCGGUGGCCGGGGCAUGGCCAGCGUGAAAAACCAGCUCCGCUCGGAUCCCGAUGCCGAUUUGCUGGUGUCCACGCCUGGGGCCCUGUGCAAGGCGCUGCGGAAGCGGAUGGUGAGGCUGGAGCGGCUGUACUGUCUGGUGCUGGAUGAGGCUGACACCUUGCUGGACCCCACUUUCCUGGAUCUGGUGGAGGAGGUGCUCAUGCAAGCCCCCAUCGCCCACAGCCCCAAGGAGGUGGCCGACCAGUGGGACACCAAAACCCAGCUAGUGAUCGUCGGAGCCACCUUCCCUGAAGGGCUAGGUCAGUUGCUGAGCAAGGUCACCAGCCUGGGCCACUUCACCACCCUCACCAGCCAGAGCUUGCACCACCUCCUGCCCCAUGUCCAGCAGAAAUUCAUCCGCAUCAAAGGCAGCGACAAGGCAUCUGAGCUACUGCAGCUCAUCAAAGACCAGGGCCCCUCUAAUGGAGCCCUUCUCAUCUUCUGCAACAAUGCCAGCACCGUCAACUGGCUAGGCUACAUCCUAGAUGAUCACAAAAUCAAGCACCUGAGGCUACAGGGACAGAUGCCUGCAGCAAUGAGAGCAGGAAUUUUUAACACCUUCCAGAAGGGACAAAGCGAUGUCCUCAUCUGCACUGAUUUAGCCUCCCGUGGACUGGAUACCAGCCGUGUGGAGCUAGUAAUCAACUAUGACUUCCCAUCCACGUUGCAAGACUAUCUCCAUCGGAAAUUCAAGCCAACAUAACCCUUAAUACACUGCUGGAACUCUGGUUCAAUAUAUUCUCAGAAGGAAGAAUGCAACCUGAUAGGCCACCACCUUCACAUCUUUCUGUAUGCUUUCAGGAUGCCUCCUAAAUAAGUUGUCAGGAUCUUCAUCCCUACUUGUGAAGGCUCACUGACAGGAAAAGGGUUGGCACCGGCUGAUAAUUACUGUGUAUUACUAUCCCUCUGUGGAAACAGGAGACAAGGCACUUACAUUUUACUGCCAUGUAAACUAGGUGAGGUCAAGCCCAGAUGGAGGUAUAGUGCUGACCUUGUUUAGCUAUCUCAAGGUAAACACCUCCAGUGCUUUGUCUCCACCUAGCUCACUGUAAAAUUCUAUCACUUGUUUGUUUUUUCACUGUAAAUAAAAAACAAACCUUGAAUUGAUGAAGACAAAGCCUUAAACGGGGAGGAUGGUCUUCCAGUCCAAACACACUUGGACUUGGGUAAAGGAGGUUCUGUUUUCAGUUCUGCCACAAACUUCCCAUGCAGUCUUAGAGUAAAGUUAUUGGCCUAACAUGAGGAUCCAAUCUAUAAAAGUGGGAAUAAUACUCCAGAGACAGAGGUGUUGCAAGGAUAAACUUAUUUAAGUAUUUUGAGAUCUGUGAAGGUGCUGUAAAAGUGUUAAGUAAUUACUGUGAAAUCUGUCAGGAUCAUCACCCGUGCUGCUUAGAGGCAAUGAAUACACAAUGAAAUUAACAAGAAAUUAAGACUUGAGGGGAGGACAUAAUUUGCACAGUGUCUAACCUCUGGAACUACUGCCACACGAGAGGCCAAAAGAUUAGCAGGAUUCAGAGGAUGAGACUAUGAUGUUGCACUCUAUGAAUUUAUGAAAAUAUGCUAAUGUGUGAAUAUAAUGUAACUGGAAUAUGCUUCAUGCAAAAGGUCUCUUGUAAGGUAUCAUUACAAAGCUUAUAACCUACUGAGUGUGGUCAUCCUAUUUGUAUGAAUGUAUCAUUCUCGUAUCUGAAACUAGAAAUAUGAAAUAACUAUGAGGUCCUAUUGUAAUUAUGCAAAGUGUGGGACAUUAAUGGUGCUUUGGAAUCUUGAUGGCUCCCAUUAACCAGGACAAUUGACUGUAGAUGGUUUACUUAUAAGUCUUCCUGUAUACCUGUGUUCUGGCAAGUGAGUAAUGAAGUCUUACAGUGACAUGUGAUCAUGUCACCUGAACUGGAAUCAAUCUUUAACUGGUGCUUUUCCAUUUAGAAGGAGGGUGGGAACCCAGAGAGGGACAAAGGAUUCCUGCCUUGUGCAAAAGCUAUAUAAGGGGGUGGAACAGAACAAAGGGGGUUGCAGUCAUGAGAAAUCCCCUAGCUACCACCUGAGCUGGAACAAGGACUGUACCAGGGGAAGGGAUUGUGCCCAGACUAGGAAGGCAUCCAGUCUGUGAUAGAAGCUUAUUGAAACAUCUCUGAGGGUGAGAUUUUAUCUGUUUUCUUACUGUAUUAGGCUUAGACUCAUGUGUUUUAUUUUAUUUUGCUUGGUAAUUCACUUUGUUCUGUCUGUUAUUACUUGGAACCACUUAAAUCCUACUUUUUGUAUUUAAUAAAAUCACUUUUUACUUAA